CAUCACCAAAAUCACCAAAAUACACGCUGACACUUGUCCCCAUUUCCCUGCUAUGCCUGUUGGUUGGCGUGACAUAGACCUUCCGUUUUGAGCCGUUAGCGUGACAUAGCUCUUCCAUUUUGAGCCGCUACUACUCAGUGUGAUGUUCGCGGGUUCUCGUCGCCAUUCACAUCAAUCGUUGACACUCGAAUUGGCGCUUGGUGUCAUUUUUGUUAAAGCUGUCAUUACCGAACUGAGCAGAAUAAUAUAAUGCCUGACAAAGAAGCGAUUGCAAAAGGAGCAAGUAAUCCCGACGAGGAAAGCAGCAAGCGAGUAAAGGGAGGCAAAUUAACAUUCUGGCUAGCUUACGCUACGCUUGUUUGCAUACUAGGGUCUUCGUUUCAAUUUGGCUACAACACGUCUUGCAUCAACGCCCCAGAGCAGGAUAUAAAGACUUACUUUCGCAGUAUUGGGAACUACUCAGACUUUGAGUGGUCUAUUGCUGUCGCCAUCUUUGCUAUUGGCGGCAUGAUUGGGGCACUGGCAGGUCCAUUGUUUGCUAACCGCUUUGGCAGAAAGCGAUCGCUACUAGCCAAUAAUGGCCUCGCUAUUGUGGGGGCCCUACUGAUGUUCCUGUCAUAUUUUGCCAAAACAUCACCACUCUUGACCGUUGGGAGGUUUGUCAUUGGAAUUAACUGUGGUAUGAAUACAGCUAUUGCUCCAAUCUAUUUGUCAGAACUUGCUCCAAUUCAUUUACGUGGCUCACUAGGGACUUUGAACCAGUUUGGGAUUGUCUCAGGCCUACUUGUAGGAUUCAUCUUUGGCCUAAAGCAGGUGCUUGGCACAAGCAAGGGUUGGCAAUAUCUACUUGGGUUCAGUAUUCUACCUGCAGUGUUCCAGUUAGUAACAUUACCAUGGUGUCCAAACAGUCCUCGAUAUUUACUGAUUGAGCUGGAUCAAGAGCUACAAGCAGUUGAGGCUCUAAGAAAAUUAAGAGCCACGGAUGAUGUUACAGAGGAUAUAAACGAAAUGAAGAUUGAGCGAGACCGUGAGGCAACGACAGAACAUGUCAGCGUCCUCCAACUGUUUGUUAGACGGGACCUGCAAAUGCCACUGCUGAUUGGUUGCGUCAUGAUGAUGGCACAGCAACUGGGUGGGAUCAAUGCUGUCCUAUAUUACUCAACCUCAAUAUUUGAGAAAGUGGGCGUCCCUGAGAGUCGCGUGGCCACCACAGGGAUAGGAGUAGUUGCAUUAGUGUUUACUGCAAUUGCGGUCAGACUUGUUGAGGUUCUCGGCCGCCGUACUCUUAUGCUGAUUGGUUUAGGUGGAAUGUUCUUGUUCUACACUGUUAUGACGAUUGCUUUUUGUUUUGAGUCGUCCACUGGUAUGAAGUAUGUGGCAGUAGUGGCGACACUGACGCUUGUUGUCUUCUUCAUGAUUGGGCCAGGAGCUAUCCCAUGGUUCAUCACGGCAGAGAUGUUUUCCCAGGGUCCCCGGCCAGCAGCCUGCGCUGUGGCUGCCACUGUCAACUGGGCCACCAACUUUAUUAUCGGAAUAGCAUUCCCUUCGAUGCAGGUUGCGCUGUACCCCUACACGUUCAUCGUGUUCAUGGCCCUUGUCGCCAUCUUUUGGACCUUCACGUUCUUUUUUGUGCCCGAGACCAAGGGUCGCACGAUUGAGGACAUCACGGAUCACUUCCGCGGUGGAGACUCUCGAUGCGUGAUGUACCGGGGCCUACGCGGCCACCGACAGGAGGUGAACUUAAUAUGAGGGCCACGCCCAUUGGUGAAUACACAUGAAUAAAUGUAUUAGGUCUUUAUUAUACCAUCUUCUGUGUGGUUUCAAGUAAAAAAUACAUACACUUGAUGUAGGAAUUAGAAAGGUAGAAAUGUCUGCUUGUAGAGACCAAUAGGAAACCCCGUUUCACACUUCCACGUCAAUUAUAGCAGCAUUAGCAAUUAUGGUACAUUAUUUCCCUACCCCCAUUUCUGGUUGUAUUCAAACAUUCAUUUAUAGAAACAAUGAAAGCAAGUAACUGUUCCUUUUUCAAUUCCUUUCAAUCAUAGAUAUGUAUAUUUAUUAUGUGAUUGAGGUUUUCGAAGAUGAAUUGUAUGAGAGAGGUUGACGCACGUUAUGGUAAAAUGCUGUAUCGCUCCAUUAUGAUAGUACAGAUAAUAUGUGUCCGUGAAUUUCAAUCAAAUAUAGAUGUUUUCCUCAUUUAUCUUUUUGUUAGGUAAUACAUCUAGUUCCAGUCGCAAACGGGUUUAAUUAUUAUUUAUUAUAUACUCUGUUGAAUUUAUACAUAGAUUGUAAUUAAACAUGACUCAUGUUUCUUGCGUGCAUCCAAUAAACCAAAUAACACAAACACAA